AGACUUCACACUGCACAUCACACUGAUCCAUCAAUGAGGUCGAGGCGUCGCCGGAGAAGGAGAACCUUUGUCCGGCCAUCGGUUUAUUCAGCUAAUGCUGUACCCAGCCACUUCUUCAAGAUCAUACUUCCCGGAACGAUUCAUAGCCAAGACAUGAGAAUUCCAAAGGAGUUUGUAAGAAGAUUUGAGAAUGAACUGGCUUGUGAUGCAACGAUUGGUGUUCCGGAUGGCCUUGCUUGGAAAAUGGAACUGGAGAAAUCUGAAAACGAGGUUUGCUUUUGCAAAGGUUGGCAGGAAUUUGUGAAAUACUACUCUAUUAGUUUUGGCUUCUUUCUUGUGUUUAAGUAUGAAGGCAAUUCACAGUUCAGUGUGGUGAUCUUUGAUGUGAGUGGAGCUGAGAUUUACUAUCCAUGCAAAACUAACUUUGAGAAGCAGAACUCGGCAUCUGAACGCCAUAGGAAAAGGUCAUCCAGCUUUGAUCACAAUGGCUACAACACGAGGAGCAAGAAGCAUAAGCUGGAAGAUCAAGAAGAAAUAAUUGAUGUAGACGAUGACAAUGUAUUGAACCACGGUAAAUCGGGAAACAAAGAUAGAUCCGGGCAAGAAAUAGAGUCCUCAAGAAAUCAUGAGAAAGAGAAAGAUAGAUCUAGGCAAAGACGUUGUUCCAAAAUGAAGAACACCUUGAGAAGAAAGCAAAGUGCCAUGGAAGCUGCCCAGAAUUUCAAACCAGAAAAUCCAUCUUUUACUGCUAUAGUAAGGCCAAGUAAUCUGACUUGUCGUUAUCUGGAUGUACCGAUUUCAUUUUGGAGAGCUUAUGUGGGAAAACUUGGUCCUAUGAAGCUGCAGGAUUCUAAGGGACAAAAAUGGGCGAUCAAUUUUCAUAGGCUACACCCGGGAUCUAUCCGAAUAUGGAAGGGUUGGAUCGGUUUCGCCAGGUCCAACAGUGUGAAGGAAGGAGACGUCUGUGUGUUUGAGCUUAUCAAGAGGAAGAACUUUGUAUUUCAAGUUACCGUAUUUGCCUCUUGAUUCUCCUGAUGCUCUUUCUUCAUCUUUCUAUUCCUCGGCGUUGUAAUUCCUGAAUGAAUCUAGGCAUUCUAGCUGGCUGAGAGUUUGGCAAUAGAGGAUUGUAACUUGCCAUGCUAAGUGUUUGCCAUACUUCAAGCUCAGAUUAGCUUAGUUUCAACAUUAUUUGAAUGUUAUCUAUGUAUUUUCCGUGGCUAAAGAAAAGAUCUGUAUAUUAUGUGGCCGUCAAUGUGAAGGAAGACGUCUGUGUUCUUGUU